AUGGCGUCCUUUAAUCAAACAAAUUUCACACACUCGUCAAUAUCAUUAACAACAACAACGCAAUAUAAUUUUAAUGAAACAACAAUUGGAAUAAAUCAAGAAGAUUUUAUUUAUGAUAGUUUUCCAAUAAUUACAUUUCCAUCAGUGAUUGUUGCACUAGUUUUAACAAUUGUGAUAUUUGGUACAGUUGUUGGUAACAUAUUAGUAUGCAUUGCUGUGUGUUUAGUACGAAAAUUACGUCGACCAUGUAAUUAUUUAUUGGUGAGUUUAGCAGUGAGUGAUUUAUGUGUGGCAAUAUUAGUAAUGCCAAUUGCAUUAUUAUAUGAGAUAUUAGGUAAUUGGCCGUUUGGACCGUUAGUAUGUAAUUUAUGGGUAAGUUUUGAUGUGUUAAGUUGUGCGGCAUCCAUAUUAAACUUAUGUAUGAUAAGUGUUGAUCGUUAUUAUGCAAUUACAAAACCAUUAGAGUAUGGUGUGAAACGAACACCAAAACGGAUGAUUUUUUGUGUAUUUUUAGUAUGGUUAGGUGCAGCGUGUAUUAGUUUACCACCAUUACUUAUCUUAGGUAAUGAACAUGAACAAAUCAAUAAAGAUGGUACCAUUGUACCAUCAUGUACAGUAUGUCAAAAUUUUGGUUAUCAAAUUUACGCAACAUUAGGUAGUUUUUAUAUACCAUUAACUGUUAUGAUGAUUGUUUAUUAUAAAAUUUUUCGUGCUGCACGACGAAUUGUGUUAGAUGAAAAAAAAGCACAAAGCCAUUUGGAAGCUCAUUGUUAUCUGGAGAUUAGUGUGAAAAACGGUGGUGGACCACCAGAGAAUAAAAUUGCAACUAGUCAAGGUUCAUCACCAGCGAAUACAAUGACAAGUGCUAUUGGCAGUCGUAGCAACAUGAUUGGAAGUGGUGUUGUCAACACUGGUAAUCAACAACACCGGUCGAGUUCAGCUAGUACAAAUACAACUUGUAGUAUGGAUAAAUCAACAACAAUUGGCCGUUGUUUUACAUCGCGUCGUAGUAAUGAAUCACAAUGUCCAAUGUUGUCAAAAAUUUCCACUACAUCGUCAGCUGGUGGAUCACCACAUCAACUAUUACAUCCAGAUCAACAACGAAGUAAUAAACAAACACAUAACAAGUCUGCAACAUCAACGGCAGCUAAUUUAUUAGCAUCAUUUAAACAUACAUCAUCAUCCAGUCAUAAUAAUAGUCCACAACAAACAAUAAAUGUUACAUCUAGCACUAAUCCUAGUCAAGUAAAUACAACACAAAAAAAAUUACGUUUUCAAUUAGCUAAAGAACGGAAGGCAAGUACAACACUUGGUAUUAUAAUGUCAGCAUUCACAUUCUGUUGGUUGCCAUUCUUUGUGUUAGCACUAGUACGACCAUUUUUAAGUAAUGAAAAUGCAAUACCACAUACGUUAAGUAGUCUAUUUUUAUGGUUAGGUUAUGCAAAUAGUUUAUUAAAUCCAAUUAUAUACGCAACGUUAAAUCGUGAUUUUCGUAAACCAUUUCAAGAGAUAUUAUAUUUCCGUUGUGGUUCUUUGAAUCAUAUGAUGCGUGAAGAAUUCUAUCAUUCACAGUAUGGUGAUCCUGAACAACAAACAUAUUGUGGUAAUGUUACACAGAUGUCAACACAUCGGUAUGGGGUGGGAGGUGGUGUUAAUAAUGAUAAUAAUCAUCAUCAUAGCGGUGAUUAUGAUGAAGGUGUUGAAUAUAUUGAAGCGGAUGCUGAAAGUCAUAUUAAAACAUUAGAUGAAAUUGCUAAUGAACAAUCUGCUGCACGUGAAUCAUUUCUAUGA